GUCAGUUACAACAGAAGCUCUUUAAAAUGAAAGUGUUAAUAGUUAUUUCACUCUUUGUGCUUGCUAAGAGUGAGAGCCACAUUAGUAAAUUUCCGAAUUCCGAAUUGAGUAAUGACAAGCAACAGCUUCUUCAUAGUCGACCUUAUAGACGCAUUCACCAUGUGAAACGUCGUAAUGGUAGGAGAUUUGAUUCCAAUUUAUCCACAUUCGAGCUUGGCACUCCUUCGAUAUUGCCACCCAAGCAAAGAGAUCAGCUAAAAAAACCAGUAAAAACAUCAAAACCAAAAAAAAACCAUCCAAGAACGUUAACACUUAAAGCGGCCAAACGAAUAACAACACGAACGCCAAAAGAGACGACUCCUGCCACGAGUAGUUAUUUUAGACAUGGCAGGGAUCCCUUUCAAAAUGAUGUGAUGGGUCAAGAAAAUAUUUUAAAUGAUGAAGCCAGUAACAUUAUCCGUGCUGCUACACCAUGUGACCAGACAACGAAGAGUUUCAGCGAGCGUUUUGAAGAGUUCGAAAAAGGCGCAGAUGACGAGACGUCGACAACAUGGUCAACUCCAAUUUUGCCCCAUGUUUUCAGAUUAAGGCCACUAUUAAAGCACAAUAUACGCCCCGCUAUAGAUACAGCCACUUCAUUGUCUAGUGAGUUCGAUUGCUUUACUGUCGCAUUAAGAGAUCAGCAAAGAAGAAGUAUAAAUUAUCUGGAAACGGUUUCCUGUAUUGACUACGAGUCAGGCGAGAAGAAAGACGUACUAAAGGGUAUAAUACCAAAAAUGAGGAAGAUCAGUAAAUUAUCAACAACGGCCUUAAACCAUUGUCAAAUCGAAUUUUCACCGUGCAUAGUUAUUAGAACGGCAGCGAUGGCCGGUAUCAUUAUGUUGAACUGUUUCAUUGUGGCCGAAGUAGUUUGGAUAGAUAAUAAAAUAUUUCCGGAAUGCAUACGACCUUUAACUAUGGAUAUUUUUUGCAAUGCCUUAAAAUUUUCUCUAGAUUUCGGCAUAUGCACAGCCCUAUUCAUUGCACAGUUUUUAAGAUAA